CGACAGGCCAGGUUACCGUUUGCAGAACAGCCCAUUCAUCAUGAGGCUUUUCCUUUGGUUACUGCUAGUGAAGUCCUGGUUUGCUAUUGCUACGGUCGUUUCACAUUCUGGCAGCGCGAAUAAUUCAGCACUUGGGACUCGUGCUGCGGGAGAAUAUCUCUCGGUGGCCUAUUUUGUCAACUGGGCAAUCUACGGCCGUAGCUUCAAUCCUAGUGACCUCCCUGUCGACAAGCUGACGCAUGUGCUGUAUGCCUUUGCGAAUGUGCGCCCCGAUACCGGGGAGGUAUAUAUGACGGACUCUUGGGCCGAUGUUGAAAAACAUUAUCCUGGAGACUCCUGGAAUGAUGAAGGAAACAAUGUUUAUGGCUGUAUCAAACAGCUCUUCCUUCUCAAGCAAAAGAACCGAAAUCUUAAGGUACUUCUGUCCGUCGGUGGCUGGACUUACUCCACCAACUUUGCUGCUGCGCUAGGAACUGCCUCUGGCCAGGCAAAAUUUGCCUCAUCUGCUACGGAUCUAGUCAAAAACCUUAGAUUCGACGGUAUUGACAUUGACUGGGAGUACCCUGCCGAUGAUGCCCAGGCCAAUAACAUGGUCUCUACGCUCGAACAGCUGCGUACGUCACUAGAUGCCUACAGUGCUGCAAAUGCCAACGACUACCACUUCUUGAUCACGGUUGCUUGCUCGGCCGGUUCGACAAAUUACGAGAAACUUCACAUAGGCCAGAUGGACACUUACAUCGAUUUCUGGAAUCUGAUGGCCUAUGACUACUCCGGUAGUUGGGGCACAAUUGCCGGGCGCCAUGCCAAUGUCUAUGCUUCGACAGCCAGCCCAUCCACCACUCCAUUCAAUACUGACCAAGCAGUAGCCUACUAUACAUCUAACGGAGUGGCUGCUGACAAAAUCGUCCUGGGUAUGCCUCUUUACGGCCGCUCUUUCAUGGGAACAGCAGGGCCGGGCACGCCUUUCACUGGAGUAGGUAGUGGUAGCUGGGAAAACGGCGUGUGGGACUACAAGGCACUGCCCCUGACUGGUGCCACCGUCAACUACUUAUCACAGCCGCUUGCGAGCUACAGCUACGAUGAGGCACGGCAAAUGAUGGUCAAUUAUGAUACUCCUCAAGUUGCACAUGAUAAAGCCCAAUAUGUGAUUUCCAAGGGCCUUGGCGGGGGGAUGUGGUGGGAGAGCAGUGGCGACAAGGACGGCACUGAUAGCUUAAUUACGACGGUUGUUGACAUUUUUGGGACCCUGAGGCAAACUCGGAAUGAACUGAAUUAUGCUGCCUCCUCAUACGACAAUCUGAAAGCGGGUUUCCCAUCUAGGUAGCGUGGCAGUUCAAUGACUUGCAGUGCGUUUGUUUGUUCAUUUGUAUUUCAUGAGCUAGUUCUUCCCCCGACCGAGCGAUUAUAGCAC